GGAGAAAACACCAUCUGAAGGGCAGUCAAACUGCAUUUAGGAAGCCCCUCCAAGUGUUCAGGCCUGUGCUGAGACUCCUGGGGAUAAGAAGGCUGGACCACAGACACUAGACAGGACUGCCGCGUGGGAGGGGAGGUGACCUGCCUUCCCUGCUAGUUUCCAGGCUGGGGGAGUGCAGUGCUGCGAGGGGCGGUGUCAGGGGCUCGCCAAGGCCGCUGGGCCAGACCGGGCCUAGGCUGCAGGCUCCGCCUCGUGGGCUGGCAGCCCACGGACGCUCCAGGCCUCCCGGGUGGGGGAAGAUCUCCUCCCCACAAGGCGAUGCCCUCCCUGCUUCUGCUCAAACUCAUGGAACGCAGCCUUGACUUUGCUCCUGAAACUGACUCAGCCUCGAGAGCGCGCCUGGGACCCACGCCCCCACGCAUCGCCCUCUUGGGACGAGGGGUGCCUCGGACCCAGGCUGGGGUUUCUAGAGAGACGCCGGCUAGAGUUUCUAAGCCAUGGAACCUGGCUCUGUGGUUCGUGCUAUCUUUGACUUCUGCCCAAGCGUAUCAGAGGAACUGCCUCUCUUUGUAGGGGAUGUCAUUGAAGUGCUGGCAGUGGUUGAUGAAUUCUGGCUCUUGGGAAAGAAAGAGGAUGUUACAGGACAAUUCCCCAGCAGUUUUGUGGAGAUCGUGACCAUUCCUAGUAUGAAACAUGGAGAGAAACUCUUUGUCUGCAUCUCUGAAUUUUUGUCCCAGGAUACAGAUACUCUCUCUCUUCAUCGAGGUGACCUGGUGAUUCUGGAUGGUCUUCCUACCUCCAGCUGGCAACAAGGUCGGAAUUGCUGGGGUGCCAAGGGCUUUUUCCCAUCUUCAUGUAUACAAGAACUUUGCCUCUCAUCCAGAAGCCACCAGUGGGACUCUCAGAGUACCCUGCUUAAGAUUCCUGAAUAUUCAAUGGGCCAAGCCCGGGCACUGAUGGGACUUUCUGCUCAGCUGGAUGAGGAGCUGAAUUUCAGAGAAGGGGAUAUAAUCACCAUUAUUGGCAUACCUGAACCAGGCUGGUUUGAAGGGGAACUAGAGGGCCAAAGAGGUAUUUUCCCAGAAGGUUUUGUGGAACUUUUAGGACCCUUGAGGACUGUGAAUGAUCCAGUGGGAUCAGAGGACUCAGCGUACUUUAUUAAUGGUGUUUUAGAUGUGUCUCAGGAAGAGAGAAAUAGAGAACUGGAAGAGGAUGAAAAUGAACUGGGGGCUUAUGGUAUUGCCCUCUAUAAAUUCCAAGCCCUGGAGCCAAAAGAACUGGACUUUGAGGUAGGAGACAGGAUUCAAAUUCUGAGGACUUUGGAAGAUGGCUGGCUAGAAGGGAAACUGAGGGGCAAGAUAGGCAUCUUUCCUUACAGAUUUGUGAAAUUGUUUCCUAGCCCAAUGAUGGGGGAAACUGAAGAUACAUCCCAGGAGAACAAUCAGAAUAAUAAUCUUAUAUCUUCAUUGAGUAACCUAGAGACCUCCUUUGUAAAGCAUGAGGAAAGGAACAAGCUUCAUGAAUGUAAUGCCAAGGAGUCCACUUGUACAAUCUCUGAACCAUCCAGUUUAUCCCCGAACCAUCCAACUUUGGGUUGUGAAGAAGACAAAAUUCUUCAGGACAAGGAGAGUGAGCUUCUGAGGAGGCCAGAAAGGGGCCAUGAAGAGUCUCUUAAUAAAAGCUUUCUUGAUACUGAUUCCACAAAACCAAUCAAUGGCUUUUUCUCCCAAACUCCCAAACUUCUUCAGCCCCAGAUGCAGAAUAACCUACAUUUCCACACUAUAGAAGAGACUCGAGUGACUACAGAUGCAGCAGAGAGCCACCAAAGGUCAAAAGGGUGCUUUGACACUCUUCCUUCAGAAGCGAAGGACAGGCAUUACCCAUCUAUAUCAAUCAGAGAAACGUGUUCUCUGCCCAGAACCCUUGAGGGUCUAGUAAGCCCUCUUCACAGCAGCUCUGCAAAUUCAGCAUCUGGAAUAUUAAAGGCUAGUCAACCAAGCCCUAAACUCAAGCAUGGGACUGACUGGACUAAAGACCAGCAACACAGACCCAGAGAGCAUUGUUCCAACUUUAGCAAUAUGGCAAAAGGGAUGGAGACAGAAGCUGAUCUUCAAGCUAAGAGAUGUGUCACUGCAGCACUAGUCCUUCCACAGGGAGAAAGCAAUACGGAUCUGGAUUCUAAAUUGACAGAACAGUUGGCACAAUUUGAGAGGAGCCUAUCUAGACCUAAGACAGAGAUGGACCAGAAAAUAUCCCGGCAUUUUUCUAUCAUGGACUUUAGCUCUGAGAAAGAUAUUGUCCGUGGUGCUCCCAUGCUGCCCACUCAGCAAGAGACAUCUGAAAGGCGAAAGGCUCUGAGGCCACCACCUCCCCGCCCUUGUGCUCCAGCAUCUACCCUUCCUCAUUUAUUGAUGAAUCAGAAACUAAAACCUGAAUCGCCAUCUUUCUCAAUGAGACCCUCCCGUCCAGCUCCUCUCCCUCCUUUGCCUCCACAGAGGAUGAAUUUAACUUCAGUCAAAUCCCAUCCUAGUCAUCAUCACUGUGAUUCAUUAGAAAAAGAGAACUCCAGUUAUGUGGACAAGACCCUGGACUCGGCCUCCCAGUGUUCCUUUCUUGAUAGAAUUCAGGAAAUGGAACAGGAGUUGGAGGAAUUUAACAAGACUCGCGAGGAACUAAACCUAUUACUUGAAGAAAAGCAGAAUGAAGCACUAAGGGCAGGGACACUGGAGAACCUGGAGCUCUGUAACGAUCACAUCGAAAGGCUGACUAUGGAGCUUCAACACCUUAGAGAAAUGACUCUACUUUCAUCUCAUUCUGCAUCCCUGGAGUCACCCUCUGUGUCUGUGGCCACAGAUAAUCCUGAACAGAGAAUGCUGGAAAAGCGAGCCAAAGUGGUAGAAGAACUCCUCCAAACUGAAAAGGACUAUGUACGGGAUCUUGAGAUGUGCAUUGAGCAGAUCAUGGUGCCCCUGCAGCAGGCCCAGGUGCAGAACAUGGAUUUUGAGGCACUUUUUGGAAACAUCCAGAUGGUGGUUAAUUUCUCAAAGCAGUUGCUGGCUGCUUUAGAAACCACUGAUACUGUAGGGCCUGUUUUCCUAGAGCAUCGGGAUGAGCUUGAGGGGGUAUACAAAGUUUACUGCCAGAAUCAUGACGAGGCCAUUGCCCUGUUGGAGAUCUAUGAGAAAGAGGAGAAGAUCCAGAAGCAUCUGUUAGAAUACUUGGAAAACCUUAAGAGCCUGUACAGUGAAUGGGGCUGUGCAAACUACAUCAACUUGGGCUCCUUCCUCAUCAAACCAGUACAGAGAGUUAUGCGGUACCCACUGCUGCUAAUGGAACUCCUGAAUUCCACCCCUGAGUCUCACCCUGAUAAAGUUCCCUUAACCGCCGCUGUCCUCGCUGUUAAAGAGAUCAAUGCCAACAUCAAUGAAUAUAAACGUCGGAAGGACCUAGUCCUCAAGUACCGUAAAGGAGAUGAAGACAGCCUUAUGGAGAAAAUAUCCAAACUUAACAUCCACUCCAUCAUCAAGAAAUCCAACCGAGUGAGCAGUCACCUGAAGCAUCUCACUGGCUUUGCGCCUCAGAUAAAAGAUGAAGCAUUUGAAGAAACUGAGAAGAACUUCAGAAUGCAGGAAAGACUCAUUAAGUCUUUUAUCCGAGACCUUUCCCUCUACCUUCAGCAUAUUCGUGAGUCAGCAUGUAUGAAAGUUUUGGCUGCUAUCAGCAUGUGGGAUGUAUGCAUGGAGAAGGGAAAUGGAGACUUAGAGCAAUUUGAGAAAGUGCACCGUUAUAUCAGUGACCAGCUCUUCACAGAUUUUAAAGAGAGGACUGAGCGGCUCGUCAUCUCCCCCCUGAACCAGCUUCUGAGCAUGUUCACGGGACCCCACAAGCUGGUCCAGAAGCGCUUCGAUAAGUUAUUGGACUUCUACAAUUGCACAGAGCGGGCCGAGAAACUGAAGGACAAAAAAACUCUGGAAGAGCUGCAGUCUGCCCGGAACAACUACGAGGCCCUGAAUGCCCAGUUGCUGGACGAACUCCCCAAGUUCAGACAUUACGCGCAAGGCCUCUUCUCCAACUGCAUCCACGGCUACGCGGAGGCACACUGCGAUUUUGUGCAGCGGGCCCUCAAGGAGUUGCAGCCGCUCCUCGCACUGCUUAAAGUCGCUGACAGAGAGGGAAACCUUAUUGCCAUCUUCCAUGAGGAGCACAGCCGAGUCCUUCAGCAGCUCCAGGUUUUCACCUUCUUCCCAGAGUCUCUCCCAGCCACGAAGAGGCCCUUUGAGAGAAAAACUACGGAACGCCAGUCUUCCCGGAAGCCUCUUCAGGGUCUGCCGAGCUACCUGCUGCAGUCGGAUGAACUCCGCGCCGCCCUCCUGGCGAGGUACCCCCCGGAGAAGCUCUACCAGGCGGAGCGCAACUUCAACGCUGCCCAGGACCUGGACGUGUCCCUGCUCGAGGGAGACGUGGUGGGCGUGAUCAAGAAGAAGGACCCCAUGGGCAGCCCCAACCGCUGGCUCAUCGACAACGGCGUCACCAAAGGCUUUGUGUAUAGCUCCUUCCUGAAGCCCUACAACCCGCGCCGGAGCCACUCGGACGCUUCUGUCGGCAGCCAUUCCUCCACUGAAUCGGAGCCCAGCAGUUCUUCCCCCAAAUUCCCCAGACAGAAUAGCAGCAACGCCUCAUCCGUAAACCCCCAUCAUGUAGCGACAGACCUGCCCUCGGGGCCAGGCCAGAAGCUCGCUCAGAACCCCUCCCUGUGGCAGGAGUCUGGCCAAGAGAGCGUCUCUGCUUCCUCGAACGCGGUCGUUCCCGAGGAAAGUCCUUCCAGGUGUCGGCGAGACAAAGACUCUCCUUCCCGGACCAGGUCGUGGAACGCUGUGGACCUGGUGGACUUUCCCAGAGAUUCCGACCAACAGACGCCUGCUGUGAGGGCUUCCCGACACUCCGUUCACCCUGAAACAGUGAGCCAAGGAAUGCCCCGACGCCAUGGGCAGCCUCGGCAAGGGGGAGACCUCCUAAAGGGAUGCUCGAGGGGGGUGCCCCCCGUGGAAGAGCAGAGUGAAGACCAGGAAAGCCUCGAGGCCGCGGGCAGCCAGGUUUAUUUUGCUGUCUACACUUUCAAGGCCCGGAGCCCAAAUGAAUUGAGUGUGUCAGCCAAUCAGAGACUGAGGAUCCUUGAGUUCAAAGAUGUCACGGGAAACGAGGAGUGGUGGCUGGCUGAACUGAAUGGCAAGAAAGGCUACGUUCCAUCCAAUUACAUCCGAAAAACGGAGUACACCUGAGUCGGCGCUGCUUCCUAGUCAGUCCUGGUGCUUUCUAGCUGUCAGCAGGCGUUCUGGGAGCCCACCGGAGAAAGGGAAGAGAAAAAAGGGUCUAAGCCACCAGUCUCUGAGACAAAAGGUUGUCUGCGCCGUUUAACCAUGCCAUGGCAGAGGGCGAGAGGUCUGCGGGGAAUUACGAAUGCUGCUGCUCCCUAGACAUAGUAGAACUUAAAAAUGGGCCCUGGGAUGUGGAGGUGGUUCAGGCAUCAACAAGGGGAAAGACAAGGGCGGAGAUCCACACGGGGGAAGAAGAUUUGCUCUCAGAACGCCGGUGCUCCUGCACGUGCCUCCAGUGAGUGCCUUCGCUGCCUGAUGAGAGGCGACUGCCCAAUGUGCUGUGCCAUCGCUGCGUUGUCCACAGCCUCAGGAUCCCGUGAGGAGGUGCUGACUUGGAUCAAGCGACCCAUUUCGGACGGCUUCGGGUGGGUUUUACAGGCAGCACUGACUUCGAUGGACCUAACAGACCUCAUGAUUGUAAGGCCCCUCAGUACUAACACUGCUCUCCUCUCAUUUUCUUUCCUCCUUCUGAGGUGCGAGGAGCAUUUCUUUCAUUUCCUACCUGCCCUUCGCCUCAGUGAAUGCUUUGUCCUGUGUCGAAGGCUCUUCCUCCCCUCAGAGUUCCCCUCCAGCCCGGUGAAAUGUCCUCCCUCGAAUGGCUCCACAGCCUGACUCGGUAGGGCAGGGGUUGCCGCCAUUCCAUAAAGAGCGUUUGGGAUUUCCAGGGAUACUUGGCUUUCCUUAGUCCGGUGAGUCCUCUCUUCUCCGUCUAUCCCUGGAUGCCUGAAAGGUGGCCUCUUUAUCUUGUUAGACUAGGAUUUCCACCCACUCUCUGCUCACCUCAGAACAGGCUCCCCAACCUGGACUCGUGUCAGUAACUUCCCGCCCCCACGUCAUGAUUAAGGGCUUUCCCGUCCUGGAACCACUCAUAGUUGGGUAUCAAAAGAGCGGCCUCUCUGCUCCUCAAAAUGGAACUCUCCUUGAAUACAUUAGGAAGAAAACAAGAUGCUCUUUCCCUCCCACACUGGGAGACAUCUGCUGCGCUUACUCCGAGGAGAAGGAAGAGAGGUUCUCUCUUCGCUCUUGGACUGGGAGUCAUUUUAGAGUUGUGAAUACUGAACUAGUUCUUUUCAUAAAUAAAUUUUUUUAAGCAAAUGGC